UUGUUGGAUUGUAUGGGGGAGCGUGUUUUCGCACCAAAUAAAUACUUUUCUGCUGUGCAGUGGUUGAAGUCGCUCAAAAUGGGACAAACAGGAGGCAAGCAUCGAGGCUGCUACUAUUACAGGCCGUUUUCUCGUCAAGAACAAUGAAGUUGCAAUUUGAGAGUGAUAUGCACAUGAGAGAAUACGUCAAAAUGAUGACUGAUAUGAUUGUGCUGUGUUUUACUUUGGCCAUUUCUCUGUCGUUUUGGGUCAUAUCCAUGACAGCCAGCACAUAUUAUGGUACAUUGCAACCUGUAUCACCGUGGCGAUGGCUGUUCUCGAUCCUGGUUCCUCUCUUUCUCUCCUGCCGUGCCUUGAGGAGAAAGAGCCUUGACCAUGGAGGUGCCCUAGGAGCAUUGUUGGUCGGCUUUAUUCUCACCAUGGCCAACAUGAGCUUCUUCUCAGCCUUGCUAGCAUUUUUCAUCACCUCUACCAAACUGACCAAAUGGAAAGGAGACAUCAAGAAACGCUUUGAUGCAGAAUAUAAAGAAGGAGGGCAGAGAAACUGGGUGCAGGUAUUUUGUAAUGGGGGGGUGCCAACAGAACUUGCCCUGCUCUACAUGAUUGAGGUGGGCCCUGGGGAAAUACCUGUGGACUUUGGGAAACAGUAUUCAGCCUCUUGGAUGUGUCUGUCCUUGCUGGGGGCUCUGGCGUGCAGUGCAGGGGACACCUGGGCCUCAGAGGUGGGUCCUGUGCUCAGCCAGACCCCACCUAAACUCAUCACCACAUGGAAGGAAGUCCCGGCUGGUACUAAUGGAGGAGUCACCCCAGUGGGACUUGUGGCGAGCCUCUUGGGUGGAGCCACUGUGGGCAUGGCUUAUUUCAUUGCUCAGCUUCUCUUUGUAAAGGACCUGCAUUUGGCAGUCCCUCAGUGGCCCAUUGUCGUGUAUGGAGCAAUGGCGGGCCUGCUUGGCUCACUCCUGGACUCCUUCCUGGGAGCCAACAUGCAGUACUCUGGAUUUGAUGAAAGCAUCGGGAAAGUUGUGAAUUAUGAGUCAAAGACGACAAAGCGAAUAUGUGGUAAACCCAUUCUGGACAACAACGCUGUGAACCUCUUCUCUUCUAUUCUCAUAGCACUCUUCUUACCUGGGAUAGCAUGGGGCUUUUGGCCCAGGCAGUAAACCCGACAGUUUCUACAGAAUCUGAAAAACAUCAAAUUUAUAACAUAAUCAAAACAUUUUGUCAAAAGUGUUUGUGAAAGAACCGGAUUUCAGAAGAGUUUCUAUGGGUUUUAACAGUAUGACAGCCCUAUCUGUAGUCCAGAUUGAGAGAGAUGCUUGUCAGCACAGACUCAAAGCAAAGUUCCUUGGUACACUGUGUCUAAAUGUCUUCAAUACUAUCUGUACAAGUAGACUGAGUUGUUUCUCUUUUUAAAUGUGAAUACAAGGAAGAAACUACAGAAGUGUUUUGUUUUGGGGUUUUUUCCCAGUUAAUCAGUUAAUGUUGUUUUACAUUGAGUGCUGCACAAAUGUGUUUUUGGAAUAUGUAUGACAUGUCAUUUUUUGAGAAACACUGGCUUUACUUCUUGAAAUUUUAUUUUAAUGAUGUUCAUAUUGUGUUAAAUAUCUCCAGAUCUUGAGGAGGGAAGCUGGUCAUGUGUAAGUAUGUUGUCGUUGGGAAUAAAUUCCCCUCUGUGCAGUCAAUUUUUAAUACAACCCUUUUCCCUUGACCCUUACUCCAUAGCACUGUGUGUUAGACUUACUAGGCACAGUGUUUACAGAACUGAGGACUUGGGCGAAGUUCAGUGUCAAAACAGAGGCUCAUGCAGCUGAGACUGAGUUGGGUUACGCUGCCUGAGAGUGUUGUAAUGCAACCUUAUGCCUCUCUGCCAAGUUCUUCAUAGGAAUUGGUGAAGCUGACACUUGUUCUUUCUGUAUGGUCAAUGAUAUAAGUAUAAACCCGGCGUGGGUUCGAGCCCCACGUUGGGCGCAUCCUAUUUCUUGAGUGAGCUGUCCAGUCUCUUGAGAAUGUUGUUUGUUUUUCUUUUAAAUCAAGACUGCAUACAGGAGCUGUUUAUGAAAUGCGAUUUCUACAGAAUACAAACAAAUGGUACAUGCAGACUGCAACUGAAUGCAUCAAAGUAGCACAUCUGCGUAAGAUACGCUAUUAACUCUCACAUUAUUUAAUUUCACAGUACAGCAUCACAAAUCGUUCCUCUUAGGCAGGCUUACAGUCUUACUCAGGCUCCACAAAGUGAAUAAAGUAUAGCAAGUGAUGCCUGAGAGGACUGACCUUUUAAUAACACUCCAAAAUAUCCAUUCACAAUGUUUGUUCAUAGACUGAACAAUUAAUCGGUCACUUGUGGAGUGUCAUAAACUGGUUCAGUAUACAUAUAUUAGCCAACAGCACAUAUGAGUCCGGCUUAGAUCAGUCUUUGAGAUUCCAACCAUACGGUCUUUCUGCCUUUUACCAUUUGACUUUGUUUUGGUAAUCAUCUAUUGAAAAAAACAUUUUUUUCCUUUGUAAUAGAAAAUUUGAAAAUGAUUUGACUUGAAAAUUAAUAAAUGGGGAAACAUUA